GCAAAAUCUGUGCGUCACGAGCAAACACAUGAUUGCCUGAAGGGGCCGAAGCCGGGGCCGGGUAAAAGCCGGCCAAUCGAAAUUAGCCGUUGCAGAGCUCCAUCGUGACUUGACUCUUAACUCUUGACUCUUGCCCUUCCUGUAGCUUUAUUCCAACCGCUUCCUUUCGUCCUUUUGCACCGACGAUUGUGUUUCUUCUUUGCAUCUCUUGUGUUUUGACCGUAUCCAUCUAAUUGCCUUUUCUUUCUCAUUGGCUAUACACACUUCGCUGCCAUGCUUUCCACCCUCAGAGUCACCAGCCGCCAGGCUGUCUCGCGUGAGUCAGCGAUGCGGUUUUUGUUGACUGGAGUGCGCGCUGGCUCAACCUGGGCCAAUGUCCCUCAAGGCCCUCCGGAUGCGAUUCUGGGUAUCACCGAAGCUUUCAAGGCCGACUCUUUCUCGGAGAAGAUCAACCUGGGUGUUGGCGCUUACCGUGAUGACAAGGGCAAGCCAUACGUUCUUCCCUCCGUUCGGACCGCCGAAGACAAAGUCGUCGCUUCUCGCCUUGACAAGGAAUAUGCCGGCAUCACCGGCAUCCCGUCCUUCACCAAAAAGGCCGCUGAGCUUGCCUACGGCGCAAACUCCCCGGCUCUGAAGGAGGAGCGUCUCGCUAUCACACAGUCCGUCUCUGGCACCGGUGCUCUCCGAAUUGGUGGUGCCUUCCUGGAACGCUUUUACCCUCACGCUAAGAAGAUCUACUUGCCGACUCCCACCUGGGCAAAUCACAAUGCUGUCUUCAAGGAUUCGGGUCUGGAGGUUGAGAAAUACCGUUAUUACAACAAGGAUACUAUUGGCUUGGACUUUGAUGGGCUUGUUGAAGACUUGAAGGCCGCCCCCAGCAACAGCAUUAUCCUGCUGCACGCCUGCGCCCAUAACCCGACUGGCGUUGACCCAACCCAGGAGCAGUGGCGCCAGAUCAGCGAUGUCGUUAAGGAGAAGGGCCACUUUGCUUUCUUCGACAUGGCAUACCAGGGCUUCGCUUCUGGUGACGCCGACAAGGAUGCUUUCGCCCCUAGAUACUUUGUCGAGCAGGGCCACAAUAUUGCCCUGUGCCAGAGCUUUGCCAAGAACAUGGGUCUCUAUGGAGAGCGCGUGGGUGCAUUCUCUCUCGUCUGCGCUUCUGCCGAGGAGAAGAAGCGUGUCGACUCUCAGAUCAAGAUUCUUAUCCGCCCAUUAUACUCGAACCCUCCAGUUCACGGCGCUCGCAUCGCCUCCACUAUUCUCAACGACGCCGAGCUGAACAAGCAAUGGCUGGGUGAGGUCAAGGGCAUGGCAGACCGUAUCAUCGAGAUGCGUGCUCUUCUGAAGAAGAACCUCGAGGAUUUGGGUAGCAAGCAUGAUUGGUCACACAUCACCAACCAGAUUGGUAUGUUCGCCUACACUGGUUUGAAGCCCGAGCAAAUGGACGUCCUGGCCAAAGAGCACUCCGUCUACGCCACCAAGGACGGCCGUAUUUCCGUCGCCGGUAUCACCUCUGGCAACGUCAAGAGACUGGCCGAGUCUAUCUUCAAGGUGACUGGUUAAAAAACUGUAUUACUGUGAAAAAUCUUUGAGAGCCGUCUCUGUCUCUUGAUUAUGUUCCGAAGAGACUUGUAAUAUCUGGCAGGGGUGAGGUAGACAGGUGCUUGUGCAAUAUAUAUAACAACCUAUCAAUCGAUUAUUCCCGGGUAAAAAAUUAGAUAAGGUAUAAUUGCAUUCCGGACUGUAGUAUUACAUGUAUACUUGAGACGCGUCUUUGCUGCAUGUUUGUAAUAACAUCAAUGUAACGGUGAUACGGUCAACUUGGUUGUUGUUGCGAAUGUGACUUCCACCAAUUCAAUGUGUAUAGCAUAAAUUCAAUAUUGAUCGAGAAAUAUACAUGUAUAAUUCACGACAAUUUGGCAUUUC